CUCACGUCCAGGUAUUCUUCAUUCUCUGAGACCUUCCACCCUGACUUGCAGGGAUGGGUGAUUCAACUACUAUGGGGUCCAGUGGCCCACUUCAAGAGGAGGUGGAGCUCACUGAUGACCAGAUUCAACAACUGUUGCUUGAAGCAGAGAACCGACUGCGUGGUUCGGACAGCCAGAUCACCCCGGUCGACGAUGCCGCUUCCAUUCGAAUUCCCAAAUUGUCUACAAGCUCUACUUUGACGCCCUACAUGCGUCCGGGUGCUGAGGAAAUUGCUACCGUUGACUCGGCUCAGCUCAUCGAUCCCAAGCAAAAGAAGCUGUCCAACUCUCUUCGGUCUGUUGCAACGAAAACUGCUGCCAAGAAGGACAAGGCUACCGCCGGACCCGAUUGGUUCAACCUCCCCAAGACCGAAUUGACCCCAGAGCUCAAGAGAGAUCUACAGCUCAUUCGGAUGCGUUCGGUGCUUGACUCUAAGAGGCAUUACAAGAAAGAGAAUGGCAAGGCCAAGAUCCCCGAGUUUUCGCAGGUCGGCACCAUCAUCCAGGGUCCCACCGAGUUCUUCAGUGGUCGUAUCGCCAAGAAGGACCGCAAGAAGAACUUUGUCGAGGAGGUUUUGGCGCUGGAGCGGGAGAACAAACGUUUCGAGUCCAAAUACCGCGACAUCCAAGCCUCCAAGACCAGUGGAAAGAAGGCUUUCUACAAGAGCGUGCAAGCCAAGAGGAAUCGGAAGAUGAAAUGAGAUUAGAACGACCACUGUACCGGCCGUUUCAGUAUAUUCAUGGUCUGUUGGAGUCUAUUCUACAAAGACUAUACAUACCUGGCGGCAUCCAUGUUGGCUCUGGAGGACAAUCCCAUCUAUGCCUGCCCGAAGACGCUCACAAGACUUUGCAAUACCAAUUUCUGCAAUUGUCAGUCGUUGAUUCGCUGGUACUGGUGAGGACAAUGUAUCUCACCUGCAUGUCCAAUGCCGCGUUGCGGCCAGCCUCCAGGACUUCCUCGUGUCCAGCCUUCCCCUCUUCGAUGAUGGCGUUGAGCUCACCAGCGUCCUUUCCCUGGAGCAAUUGCUCAUCGCCACGAGGGACGGGUGCCAGCACUGCAUUGUUGGUAACCAGGCUAAAGGCCAACACGCGAAGCCCACAGUGCCUCGCCACCACGAUCUCUGGCACGGUCGACAUGCCCACUACAUCGGCACCGAGCAUCCGCAGCAUGCGGCUCUCCGCUCUCGUCUCAUAGCUUUGCCUGGUCAGAAUUAUGGCAGUAGAUGAAUGCACAGUAAGUGGGAGAAACUUACGUGGGACCUCCAACGAAGGCAUACACUCCUUCGUGCAGCUUCCUCGUGCUUUGGGCAGGGAUGACUUGCUUCCACGCUUGGUGUACCUGACGACGAAGGUCCAGGUCAUAUGCGUCGGACAGGGGUGGGAAACGGACUCCAAAUUCGUCCUCGUUGGGUCCUCGGAGGGGAUGAACUCCCGCUAAACCGGCGAGGAAGAUGUGCUAGAAGCCAUCA